UUACAGUGUCACAAGCAUCGGCUGGUUGUUAUUCAACUGACGAAUUAUUCUAUAUGGCAAUUUUAGGAGCUUUGUUGCUUGUAAUUUUUAUUACUUUGAAUACUAUUGAUAUCGGUUUAAGCGUGAAUUGGCAUUCAUUUGGAAGUAAAAAGUAUAUGUUUAUUGAACACAAGUUAAAUUGGUUUGAUGCGCAGACUGUGUGUCAGACAAUGGGAGGUAGAUUGGCACAUGUUAUGAGUGCAAAUGAAAACAGUUUCUUAAUCUCUAUUACAAACAAAACAACUGCAUGGAUCGGAGGUGCAGAUAUUCACCAAGAAGGUGACUGGAGAUGGUACAGUCCUUUAACAGAAAUGGAUUUCACAUACUGGCGAAGCAACCAACCCAACCAGGGAAGUAGUGCUAAUUGUAUGUGUUACUACAAAUUUUCAACAGUUUUCAAGUGGGCAGAUGAACCAUGUACCAAUGCCUAUUAUUUUGUGUGCGAAAAGGUAAAAGAAGACCAAGGGCACGACAAUAGAUUUUCAACAAGUGGAGACAACUGCAUGAAAAUUUGCUUACAGAAUAGCAAAGAGGAAGCUCGAAACUGCAUGAACAUUUGCCUUUGAAAUAAA